AUCAUCAUAACACAGCCAGUUCCAACAUCAUUUCUUCACAGUUUAGCCAAACUUUAUGCUAGAGCACAAACAUCUUUCUUGGAAGAUGCAUUGUGGAAUACAGCAAAUGAGGGAAAUUGCUCUUGUCUACCUUGACAGAAGUGGUGGCCUUCAGAAAUUCGUGCAGGAUUGCAGAAAAUACAAUGACUCCAAACAAAGUUAUGCUGUUUACCGUUUCACCAUCUCAAUAAACCCCUCUGAUAUUGCUGAAUUAGAUGCAGCUCUUGGAAACUACGUCCUUCAUCAUCCCAUCCAAGCUGCACAGAUUUUUCAGUCAGUCUGCUUCAUAGCUAUUAAGACAUUAUCAUUAAUUGAACAAUUGCAGACAGAGGCCCAGAUCAGCAUCCUGCUGAAACCAACACAUUUGCCACCUUUACCGAGCUACAUUCUGAGCCUUUCUGAAUUUCCCCUGAACUACACAUCCCAGAGAUUUUACAUGGCUGAAGGAAUUGCAAUCGCAAUGGGAACUGUAACAAAAUACACACAGGGAGCAAGAUUCCUUUGUUCUGAGGAGACCUGUCCCUUUUCUGAAGGGUUUAGGUACAUAAGGGUGCACCUGCCUGGAGCUACAGAAUCUGCCACAGUGAGGAAUGAUUUCGUGUGCUGUUUGUGUUCUUCGCCACUGCAGGAAGACAUGAAAUUUAGAGUCCUUGGUGACAAACAAAUAGUUGAAAUGAUUGAUGCAAAAGUUCUUACUGCUCUGAAGGGAUAUUCCAAUGAUCAGUCACACUUCAGGAUUCAGACAUUUACAGUUUUCUUGAGAGAUGAGUUGGCCAACAAAAUGAAAAUAGGAAACCAGUACAAGAUCAUAGGAAUCCCAGCUUGUGUGCAGAACGGCUUGCAGGUGACAGCAUGCAUAGAAGUCAACAGUGUACAGCUCUGUAAGCCAAGGGGUCCCUCUUUUGUCAGUGACAGUUUCAAGCAUCUGCUCUGGCUGACUUCAGGUUCCUGCUGGAGCUUUUCUGCUGUCCUUGCCAGUGUCUUUGCCUCUCAAGUUGUUCCUCCAGGCACUUACAACACUGUGAAGCUCACCAUACUGCUGAGCCUAGUGCAGACAUGUGAAAAAGACAAUGCAGAUUACCUGGAUCUGUUGAUUGUGACAAGUGACAUGCUAGUAAUUGAUAGGCUUCUGAAUUACAGCAUCUGCCUCCUGCCUCGUGGCAUACGGCACCCACCAUCAAGUGACAUCUUCCCUUCUGUGUGCAAAGACAAGCACGGGACUGGAGGUGCCAGCAUCCAGGCCAGCAGUGCUCUGCUGGCCCAGGGUGGUGUCUGUUACAUAGGAGACCUGUCCUCAUACAGAAAGGAUAAACUGGAACUUCUGCAGGCUGUGCUAGAGAGCAGAAGCACAACAGUGUUCAUUCCUGGGAAGAAGUAUGGAGAAGAGGCUGACCAGCAAAUUACUAUCCCAGUUCAGACCAAUUUUUGGUCUUUCGUGGAAUCUUCCUCCAAGAAGCACAUCCCAAAGGAUAACUUGUUCCUUGGACAGAUGGACAUAAGUUUGGUUCCAUCUAACCUUGUAGAUGGUUUUGGGCUUUUGAUACACGAUGAGUUUUCUCUGUGUCAAGUGUCUGCUGCUCUUGUGCACCAUACUCUGAAGAGAGCCAUGAAUCCUGGAGCCAUGCUGUACAAAGUCUCACAGCAGUUCAGAACACAGGACUAUGAGGAGUUUAUUUUGUUUGCUAAGAAUCUUCAAGUGGAACUGAGUCCAGAAGCAGAAAACCUCAUUCAGGGCUAUUACCUUGCCAGUCGCAGAGUGAGGAGAAAUUCUAUCCGUGGAGCCACCUUAUCAGCAUCUGCACUGAAAGUUCUGAUUUCACUGUCUAAGGCUCACACUAAGCUCAGUCUGAGAAGGAAGGUUCUUGAGGAAGAUGCAUUGAUUGCCAUCUUGUUACUGGAGUCAUCUCUUACCCUCAAACAUGGCAAGUCUGCACUGUGCAUAGCUCCAAAUCCUGUCUUUCCCUGUGAGCUCAGCAACGAGAGCUCCCUGCACCAGAGGGACAUGUACCUCAUGCAGUGCUACCACCAGCUGCGCCAGUUCAUUGCUGCCUACGGCCCAGGGAUUCACCUCAGCACUAAUGAGGAGUGA